AUGUUGUCCAAUCCUCUCCGUCGCUAUUCUGCCUACCCCGACAUCUCCUCGGCGUCAUUUGACCCGAACUACCAUGGCUCACAGUCGCAUCUCCACUCGAUCAACGUCAACACAUUCGGCAACAGCCACCCCUAUCCCAUGCAGCACCUCGCACAGCAUGCGGAGCUUUCGAGUUCACGCAUGAUAAGGGCCAGUCCGGUGCAGCCAAAGCAGCGCCAGGGCUCUCUUAUUGCUGCCAGGAAGAAUUCAACGGGUACUGCUGGGCCCAUUCGGCGGAGGAUCAGUCGCGCUUGUGACCAGUGCAACCAGCUUCGUACCAAGUGCGAUGGCUUACACCCAUGUGCCCAUUGUAUAGAAUUCGGCCUUGGAUGCGAAUAUGUCCGAGAGAGAAAGAAGCGUGGCAAAGCUUCGCGCAAGGAUAUUGCUGCCCAGCAAGCCGCGGCGGCUGCAGCACAACACUCCGGCCAGGUCCAGGAUGGUCCAGAGGAUCAACAUCGCAAACUCUCACGCCAGCAAAGCGAAUCUUCGCGUGGCAGCGCUGAGCUUGCCCAGCCUGCCCACGACCCGCCUCAUGGCCACAUUGAGGGCUCUGUCAGCUCCUUCAGCGACAAUGGCCUUUCCCAGCAUGCUGCCAUGGGCGGCAUGGAUGGCCUGGAAGAUCACCAUGGCCACGUCGGAGUUGAUCCUGCCCUGGGCCGAACUCAGCUGGAAGCGUCAUCAGCAAUGGGCCUGGGCGCAUACGGUGAAGUCCACCCCGGCUAUGAGAGCCCCGGCAUGAAUGGCCAUGUGAUGGUGCCCCCGUCGUAUGGCGCGCAGACCACCAUGGCCGGGUAUUCCGGUAUCUCGUAUGCUGCGCAAGCCCCGAGUCCGGCUACGUAUAGCAGCGACGGUAACUUUCGACUCACCGGUCACAUCCAUGAUUACCCGCUGGCAAAUGGGAGCUCGCCCUCAUGGGGACAAAGCGAUUUGCGAUAUCCUGUGCUUGAGCCUCUGCUGCCUCACCUGGGAAACAUCCUCCCCGUGUCUUUGGCGUGCGAUCUGAUUGACCUGUACUUCUCCUCGUCUUCAUCAGCACAGAUGCACCCAAUGUCCCCAUACGUUCUGGGCUUCGUCUUCCGGAAGCGCUCCUUCUUGCACCCCACGAACCCACGAAGGUGCCAGCCCGCGCUGCUUGCGAGCAUGCUGUGGGUGGCGGCACAGACUAGCGAAGCGUCCUUCUUGACGAGCCUGCCGUCGGCGAGGAGCAAGGUCUGCCAGAAGCUGCUCGAGCUGACCGUUGGGCUUCUUCAGCCCCUGAUCCACACCGGCACCAACAGCCCGUCUCCCAAGACUAGCCCCGUCGUCGGUGCUGCUGCCCUGGGAGUUCUUGGGGUGGCCAUGCCGGGCUCGCUGAACAUGGAUUCACUGGCCGGCGAAACGGGUGCUUUUGGGGCCAUAGGGAGCCUUGACGACGUCAUCACCUAUGUGCACCUCGCCACGGUCGUCUCGGCCAGCGAGUACAAGGGCGCCAGCCUGCGGUGGUGGGGUGCGGCAUGGUCUCUCGCCAGAGAGCUCAAGCUUGGCCGUGAGCUGCCGCCUGGCAAUCCACCUGCCAACCAGGAGGACGGCGAGGGCCUUAGCGAAGACGUGGAUGAGCACGACUUGAACAGAAACAACACUCGCUUCGUGACGGAAGAGGAGCGCGAAGAGCGACGGCGAGCAUGGUGGCUCGUUUACAUCGUCGACAGGCACCUGGCGCUCUGCUACAACCGCCCCUUGUUUCUUCUGGACAGCGAGUGCAGCGACUUGUACCACCCGAUGGACGACAUCAAGUGGCAGGCAGGCAAAUUUCGCAGCCACGAUGCAGGGAACUCCAGCAUCAACAUCGAUAGCUCCAUGACGGACGAGUUUGGCGAUAGUCCCCGGGCGGCUCGCGGCGCACACUACGAGUGCCGCGGUCGUAGCAUUUUUGGCUACUUCUUGUCCUUGAUGACAAUCCUGGGCGAGAUUGUCGAUGUCCACCAUGCUAAAAGCCACCCCCGGUUCGGCGUUGGAUUCCGCUCCGCGCGGGAUUGGGACGAGCAGGUUGCUGAAAUCACCCGACACCUGGACAUGUAUGAGGAGAGCCUCAAGAGGUUCGUGGCCAAGCAUCUGCCAUUGUCCUCAAAGGACAAGGAGCAGCAUGAGAUGCACGACAGUGGAGCGGUAACAGACAUGCAAUCUCCACUCUCGGUGCGGACCAACGCGUCCAGCCGCAUGACGGAGAGCGAGAUCCAGGCCAGCAUCGUGGUGGCUUACAGCACCCAUGUGAUGCAUGUCCUCCACAUCCUCCUUGCGGAUAAGUGGGAUCCCAUCAACCUUCUAGACGACGACGACUUGUGGAUCUCGUCGGAAGGAUUCGUGACGGCGACGAGCCACGCGGUAUCGGCUGCCGAAGCUAUUAGCCAGAUUCUCGAGUUUGACCCUGGCCUGGAGUUUAUGCCAUUCUUCUACGGCGUCUAUCUCCUGCAGGGUUCCUUCCUCCUCCUGCUCAUCGCCGACAAGCUGCAGGCCGAAGCGUCUCCAAGCGUCAUCAAGGCUUGCGAGACCAUUGUUAGGGCACACGAAGCUUGCGUUGUGACGCUGAGCACAGAGUAUCAGCGCAACUUUAGCAAGGUUAUGCGAAGCGCGCUGGCUCUGAUUCGGGGCCGUGUGCCGGAAGAUUUAGCUGAGCAGCAGCAGCGACGACGCGAGCUUCUUGCACUAUACCGAUGGACUGGUAACGGAACCGGUCUGGCCCUCUAA